AUGUCGACGCAAGGCGCAAAGCGCUCCAACGGAAAUAGUUCUUUUUCUGGUACGGGCACCACACCGGUAUUUGGCCCAAGCAUACCAUUGUCUGUGUAUCCGAAAGAUUCAGUCAAGGACGUGGCCGAAUCGCUCGGGAUCACGAACAUACGUGACAAUGUAGCCGUCGCGCUGGCGACCGAUAUCGAAUACAGAAUCCGCGAUGUUGCGGAAAGCGCGGCCAAGUACAUGAAGCACGCCAAGCGCACACGUAUGACGACAGCUGAUGUUGAUAAUGCAUUGCGCCAGAAAAAUAUUGAGCCGCUCUACGGGUUCUUCCCGCCGUACACGAGCGGCAAAGCAAAGGGCCCUUGGUUUCGCCCUGUGCGGACGCCUUCGGGAGCGCCGAUAUACAUGGCCGACGAUGAUGAGGUGGACUUUGACUCUAUUCUUGAGUCUGGGCCGCGCCUCGGUGUCGGUCGCGGCGUGGGUUGGCACGCACAUUGGCUCGCCAUUGAAGGAAUACAGCCGCCCGUACCCGAGAAUCCUGUGUUUUUGGCUCGUCAAUCUGCGUCGCAAAGUGGCAUAUUGCCCGACCCUAGCGAAGCUGCUGCAGAGCUGGGAAGCACAGCGGUCAAGCCGCUUGUUAAGCACGUUUUGUCGCGCGAGCUACAGCUCUACUACGAGCGCCUCACCAACUCGAUUAGCAAUCCGCCACAGGCUGCCUUCACGGGCGAGCCAGCUGCUGUAAAUAAGGCACCUUCCGAAGUGCUGGAUACAGAUUUGGCCGUGUACACGGAUACGUCCUCUGGCAAUACGGUGCGCGACGCAGCAUUGGCAAGUUUGCGAGGCGACGCUGGUAUUCACCAGCUCGUUCCGUACGUGAUUCAGUGGGUCGGUGCAAACGUUACAUUUGUGUUGCGCGGUGCGACAGAGAACGGCACCAAUGCUCCUGCAGAGCAAACCAAAGACAUCGAGCUGAUGUACACGAUGCUGAAUACACUGCAUGCCCUGCUCGUCAAUCCGUCUAUUUUCAUUGAGCCAUACUUGCACCAGCUCAUGCCGUCCGUACUGUCGAUCCUCCUCGCUGUGUACGGUACAAAUGAGGGCACAGUCGAUAUGGAGCAGGAGAAUGCAGCGAUCGGUUUGCGUGUGUACGCUGCGACGCUGUUGACCUACAUCAUUGAUCGGUUUGGCGAUAGCUACCCUACAUUGCAGUCGCGUGUGGUAGCGACACUACUCCAAGCUCUGUUUUCCCAAGUUGACGACGGGACCUCGGCGAAUGCUGCAGAUGCAUCCGGCUCGUUGCAUGCAAAGUUUGGUGCACUGAUCGCGCUGCGCAAAUUGGGACCCGCAAGCUUCAAAACACUUCUCGGCAGUAUUGCGACACUGCCGCCAUUGGAUGCAGUGCAGGAACGCAAUCCGAACCAUGUGCCGUUGCAUGCUCUUGGGACUUGGCUGGAGCAGCUCCAGCAGAAACAGGGCCACGAGCAGUUUUUGGUCGAGCGCAUCUUGAAAGAGACGCAGGUCGGCCUCGACGCACUAGGCCAAGCGAUGGACGGAGCGCCAAGAAUGCCAGACAAGGCGAUGCAAAAGCGCCUCACCGAAGUCUAUGGGCCGUUCUGGGCGCAUGUGUUGGAUGGUGAUGCUUCAGGUUGGAGCGCACUGGCUGCAUACUAUCGCGAAACGGAAGAAAAUAGCUAG